AUAAUUAGUUAAUUACCCUCCAAGUUAUGAGAAAUUGUGCUAGGCAAUCUUGGGUGUUUGUAAGAGAGCAAUGAUUCUGAACUGUGUUAGAGUCACAGCAGCCAUGGCUGUUCCUUCAUGGAGGCCUAUCCGCUGCGCUUCUUCAACCAUCAACACGGAACAGCUUCGUUCACAACUUGAUCAGCUUCAUGCGGAGGCAGACACCACCAGAGCCAAGGCUAGUAAUGCUAGAUUGAGGCUUCUGCGUUUGUCAGAGGCAGCAGAGAAGCUUCAAAAACAAGCAGCUAUAAGCAUGCAGAGAGGGGAGGAAGUUGAUGCAAGGGAAACGCUUUUUCAGAGGAAGAAAGUGUUGCAGGCUUUGGAGAAGUCUAAAAGCCGCAUUGAAUUGCUAGAUGAGCUUUCCACAAAGUUAAGUGAGGCAAUAUCUUUGAAAGAAAGCCAACUAAUUGGAAAUGUCACUAUGAGCAUUGAAGACACAACAGAAGAUGUUUCAAAUCCAGUUCGAAUCAUUGCUCCAAAGGAGGAGAUUCUAAAAGAUUUUUCCAACGAUGCCUCAGAUCCCGAUAUGAUGAAAUUUAGCAAUAUUCAAGAUCUGCAACUUUCUGUGGAAAGUCAAGGGAAUCCACUGGAGGAUAAGGAGACUGAAAAUCUUCAGAAAUCCCAUAGCAUCAGCAGUCAAUAUGAAGACAAUACAGCCAGCAGCUUGUUAGAAAUAUCCUCUUAUGAGGAUUUCAUGGAACAUAUAGAUCAAAAGCUCAGUGAGAUUGAAGCUGAACUAGUUACUGUUAUGAAUGUGUCAACAUUGGUACUGGAUGGUGAAGAGAGACCGAAGAAUUCCAGGUUGCAACAAACAAUGGAACUCCUUGAGAGCAUCCAUGGAAUUAGACAGAGAAUCAGAAGUACCAAGGAGUCAAAACUGAGGAUCUGAUCAAGUUUGUUUUGUUCAACUCAUCUUCCACUGCCAGUCAUGCAGGAGCAGCAGAUAUGGACAGAUAGCUGAAGGACUAAGGAUAGCUUAGUGAAUUGCUUGUCCAUGCCUUUAGCUUCCACUGCAAAGUUUUCUGAUUUUUUCUAUCUCAGAAAUGAACGUAGUAUCGAAUUGUUUCGAUGAAUACUCCUUGAGAAGAAAGGACCUUUGUGCAUAAGGUAAGGUAGCAUCCUUUAGCACCUGUCUGUAGUUUCCCUACCAAAGGACUUAUUAUUGUCAAGGGGAAUUAAUAUUUUAAAUCAUACAUCUACUUUGUAUCAGGAAGGCAAAAAGGUGUGGCUGUGGCCUUUUUGGAGAUCGUAAUUAUGGCUUACAAGAUUGAUAUAAUUUAUAUAUUUGCUUCAUGUAA